AUGACUGAGGAUAAUCACUCCUUGACAACUGAUUUUAUCCUCGUGGGAUUUUCAGACCACCCAGACCUGAAGACCCUGCUGUUCGUGGUGUUCUUUGUCGUCUAUCUGAUCACCAUGGUGGGCAAUCUUGGAUUGGUGGUGUUGAUCUCCAUGGAGCGCCGUCUGCACACACCCAUGUACAUCUUUCUGGCCAACCUGGCUCUGAUGGAUUCUUUCUGUUCCUCUGCCAUCACCCCCAAGAUGUUACAGAACUUCUUUUCUGAGGACAGAAUGGUUUCCCUCUAUGAAUGCAUGGUACAGUUUUAUUUUUUCUGUCUUGCUGAUACUGUGGACUGCUUUCUCCUGGCAGGAAUGGCCUAUGAUCGCUAUGUGGCCAUAUGCAGACCACUGCAGUACCACACGAUCAUGUCAAAGGAACUCUGCAUUCGGAUGAUCAUAGGAGCCUAUAUAGCCGGGAACCUACAUUCCAUGGUUCAUGUAGGGCUUUUAUUUAGGUUAACUUUCUGUGGAUCUCAUCAGAUCAAUCACUUUUAUUGUGAUGUUCUUCCAUUAUACAAACUCUCCUGUGUUGAUCCUUAUAUUAACGAACUGAUGAUACUUAUUUUUGCAGGUUCAAUUCAAAUAUUAACUAUUACUAUAGUCUUAAUUUCUUAUCUUUUCAUCCUUGUCACUAUUUUCCACAUGAAAUCCAAAAAGGGAAGAAGCAAAGGCUUAUCUACUUGUGCAUCACAUUUUCUCUCUAUACUAAUAUUCUAUGGUUCUCUUCUCUUCAUAUAUAUUUUGCCUCAUUCAGAUAAAGAAAAUAAUACAGAUAUACCGAUUGCUAUUUUUUAUACUCUAGUAAUCCCCUUUUUAAACCCUUUUAUCUACAGUCUAAGAAAUAGAGAAGUAAUAAAUGCUAUGAAAAGAAUUAAGAAGACACAUAGCAUUUAA